AUGCCAGUUCGAUCAGUGGUGGUUGUGGGAGGAACCCAUGGCAAUGAGUAUACUGGUGUUUGGUGCAUUAAAGAGCUGGAACAGCCGUCUGUCUUCAAGAGCGUAUCAAAGCGGUUUCCUUCUAUGGACAUUUCUACAUUGAUGGGAAACCCAGGUGCUCACCUGGCCAACAAAAGGUUCUUGGACACUGACUUGAAUCGAGAGUUUACCACAAAAAAGCUGCAAGCCAUACAGGCAGCACUGGCCGCAUCACAAGGCGAUUCUGAAACUAAGAUUCCUGCCGAGAGCCUCCGAGCACAAGAAGUCAACAAACUGCUAGGACCCAAGUCAGACCCCUCCACAGAUGUCGUAGUGGAUUUGCACACAACAACCACCAACAUGGGAGUGACCAUUAUCAUCCCAGAAAAUGACUUUUUGAUGGCACAAGCAGCUGCCUAUGUGCUUCACAAGUGCCAAGAAAAUCCAGUUCGAAGCACCACCAAUUCGGGCCCCACUGUUGUGAGCGAAGAGGCACGCAUCAUUAUGCAUUCCAUCCCAGACAGAAAUGAUAGACCAAAUCUUUCAAGUGUUGGGAAACAUGGUUUUACAAUUGAAAUUGGACCUGUCCCACAAGGCAUUGUGAGACAUGAUGCUGUGGACAAGACAAAACAGGCCUUGGAGGCGUUCCUUGAGUUCCUAGAAUUACACAAUGUGGACUGUUCCAGUGACAACCCUGAAGAAACAGGUGUACUGAAGCAAAUCAAAGAAUGGUUCCCUUCAGGUCGAGUUCCUUGCUAUCGAUCAGCCGUGGCAACUAGGCCAGGAGAAAUGUCAGGAAAAAUCCAGUGGCCUUGUGCUGAUCACAACCCCAACUUUCCUGCCUACAUGGUGCACAAAUCCAUACAGGACCAGGACUUCAAGCUAUUGAAACGAGGAGACCCACUGUUUGUGACAAUGGCAGGUGAUGUGGUCCCCUAUGAUGGCUCCCAUGGUGACUCUGUUUACCUCAUGUUCAUCAAUGAAGGUGGAUACUACUACGCUAGUUCUGGCACAGGCAUUGGUGUUGCAGUGAGAACAGAGUAUGACCUGGAAACAGCAGAUUUCUGUGAUGCAGGCGAAAUCUGUCUGAGUGGCUCUGAUAGUGAGAAUUGUAGCCUGGAGUGA